AUGCUACUGGGGUCCACUUUGUUUAUGGACAAGAGUGGAGACAGGGUUCGAUCUGUGGAGAACCUAUUUUUGGAGGACUUGGAGAGGAUACCUGAUUAA